AUGCCUAAUGCCCAGGAAAUUAGCGCCAAGCCUUGCGAUAAAGGGUUUCCGUUAGAUGUCCUGAGGGAUGUCGAAAUCCCGAAAUUAUUCAAAGAUGAGGGAUUUAGCUUUGGUGUGGAGAAAAUUGGCUUUGAAUUGAUGGAGGAGGGAUGGAAUUUGAAGAAAGGCCUCUAUGCACCUAAUCAUGAAGCCGUCCAAGCACGAGCUGCUACCCUUCGUGCAUGGCUCUACCAGCUUGAAGCACAAUACGUCGUAUUAGUGACACAUGGAGCAUUCCUUCAUUAUUUGACUGAGGAUGGGACAGUUGAGGACUUGAAGAACGGUACUGCUUACAACAACUGCGAAUUCCGGACAUUCAUAAUCACGAAAGAAUCGACGGCGGAAAAUGCUCAUAUUGUUGAGAUUGGAAAGGAGAAGCAUGAUAUCGAGACUGACAGUACUAUUCUUGCGGAACUAGACGCUGUUAGGUAA